GUGAAAACUGGAGUAAGCUGAUCGUCUCGAUUUACACAUUGCUCAUGUCUGACGCCGGCACGGGAAUAUAAUAAACAACACGAGUUUCAUUCGGGUGAGAAAAAAUAUUACAUAGGUGAAUCCCUGCGGAAUCCAGAGUAUACAGGUACGAGGAUAAAAUGGAAAUCAAUAUAACCAGCGCAAUAGAAGACCUACGCGUCCCCUCGACCCAUUUUAACUACCAAAAUGGUAGAAAUAUAGAUGACGACAUUAGUUGUCCCCCAGCAAAGAAAGUGCCCCCAUUUCUAUCGGACUGGACGCACUAUUCCACUCUUAUCUCAUGGAUCGCUCUUGAACUAAAAACCCUCUGUCCCGAAGUGGACGAAGAUGUCACUCCACCAAAAACAACGUCACCCGAUGACCUUACCUCCUUCAAAAUGGAGUUAAGCUCCCUUCUCAAAGAACUAGGAUUUCCAUACGUUUCCCUCCUUGAACCCCAACUUCCAGCCAGAUUUGAAUCUGCUCAUGAUCGCCAAAUACUCCUCAACUUUCUCCUUUCCGAACUUCAAGCGGCCAGGAUGAUCCAUGUACAAAAGGGAAAAUCUGGCGGAGGUGGAGACAUGCACGUCUCCCUCGAUGAAUCUCCGACAGCCAAAAUAUUGAAGGAAAUGAUGAUCGAGCUAGAUCUGGGGAAACCUCCCGCAGGAUCUACCCCAGGUUUGAUAUGGACCGGAAUUCUACAAAAGGUCAAGGCCCGUAAUCCUACCCUAGAGCCGCUCUUUACUGGGGCGCUCAGUGAUACGCAGUGGGUCAACUUGGACAAUUAUUUUAAAGAGUUAAAGUCUGAUUAUGGCAUGAGGAGAGAGAUGUUGCUGAAACGGCUGGACGUAACAGUGCAGUCCUUCCACUGGUCUGACAGGCUCAAAGGGGACAAGGAAGAAAAAUUAAAUGCCGAGUUUAGAAAGUUAAGACCAAAAAUGAAGGAAAAUCCGGCCGUAGAGCUGAGUCAUGUUCUGGCAGCGAGGAUUGAUUUACCAGUAGUGGAGAAAACGUCGUCGUCAUCGGUCAGAAAGAACACAAGAUCUGCAGUGAAUAGCGUUGUCAUCGGAAAGGUGCCAGAUCGUGGGGGACGACCCGAUGAGGUGGAGCCACCUCCACCAGAAAUGCCGAGUUGGCAGCAGAGACAAGGAGCACCUGCAGCUUCCUCAGGAUGGACUCAAAAUCCAAACCAAGGAGGUGGUGGUGGCCGAGGGGGAGCUAGGGGUGGUGGUGGUGGUAAUCGUGGAGGAGGUGGACGUGUACAAGGUGGUUGGGCACCUCGAGGAGGUGGGCAGGGUCAACAGUACCAACAUGGUGAUAAUUAUCAAUCUCAACAGCAACAACAACAGUUUCAUCAAGGAGGAGGUGGAUAUAACCAAGGGGGAGGAGGUGGGUAUAGCCAAGGGGGUGGAGGUGGAUAUAAUAAAGGUGGAGGAGGUUAUUAUCAACACGACAAUAGGGAUAAUUACGAUCAACAAAGGGGAGAUAAUUACCAAGAUCAAGGUUUUGGCCAUCGAGGAGGGCGAGGAGGAUAUCAAGAUAAUCGUGGUGGGCGGGGAGGUAGGGGGAGAGAUAACCGAAGAUAUUAAAUAUAAAGUCACUCACUCGGUAUAAUGAUUUAACCAAAUAAGCAUUUACUACCUCGUCUUAUUUUCUUACAUAACUAUUUUGUCAAGAAUCUCCAUGUUUAAACAAUUAUGCAGCGUCGUAUGAAAACCAGUGAACUCUAAUAUUAUAAAUUGGUGUUAGUAAUUAAUAUUUAAUCAAGCUCACAAAUUCAUUAAGUUAUUUAUAACACGUUGUUGUCUGAAUUGGUACGUAUAUUUUUUAAUAAUUACUAAAAACAAUAAAGAAAGCUAAUAAAGUGAUAGAAAAUUAUUGAU